AUGGCACCUGACUUGAACUCCCUUCCGCCGUCGCGAUCCUCCUCGACCUCAUCAUCUCUUCCAUUCCGCCCUGCAUCCACCAUAUCUCCGGGCACGACUUCGCCGUCUCAAGCGGCAUCCCAGCAGAUGGUGACUCCUCCACGGCCAUCCCGAGGAUCCAGCAACGGCCGCCCGUCAGUGUCAGAAAGACGACGAUCUGCCGCGGGCAUGCAUAUCAACCUGAAUGAUCCCUCUGUCGCAGCUUCGGGCAACAUGGGAGACGGAACCCGCUCCGAGCAUCGUAGCUCGAUGGGCCAAGCCUUUCGCACUGCCAGCCCUAUCAGUCUUGCCGGAAGCCCCAUCUUUACGACCGCCGACCCUCACCAUCAGCGUGCUCCAUCCCUCGGAGAGCUUCACCAGGAACUCGAGCAGGAACAGGAAGCUCAAGUGAACCGCUUGUUACAAACCAUUCGCAGCCAGCAGGCCCAGCUUGACCAAUUCUAUCAACAGCACCAGCAAUCCCAGUCGUCCGCUUCUGGAACAAUGGCCAUAGACGAUACCCCAACACCAGCAUCAGAGCGUUCCUUCAACUUCUUCUCGUCGGUCCCUCAGUCCACCACUGCCACCAACACCGCCAAUGCGCCCACCAGUCGAGUGGCGCGAUCGUCUUUCUCGCUUCGUCGACCAUCUCAGUCAACCAGCCAGGCCACCUCGCCACAUCUUUUCCCACGAGAGCCAUCGCGAGGCGCGGAGGCUUCGGAAAUAGUCCCGAUCUUCAGAGAUGGUCUGUCCCGCCGAAGCAGCCGAGAUGACGGCGCAUUCUACCAAGCGGAAGCGGCUAUGCUCAACCGGGAGAACCUGAUGCUACGGCAACGCAUCCGCGAGCUAGAGCGACAGAUCAGCGAUUUAACCUCAAGCUCCACUUCCGGUCCCACUGCACCUGUCUCUGCCACGACCGAGACGAUCUCAGCGUCCGCGCCCGAAGACAAUCAGGAAGCGAGUGCGCAGGUCAUGCAUCCCACUGACGCCAAGGACUAA